CUGAGAGAAGCAAAGCAGAAGGGGUGCUUCCAUCUUCCCCAGCUCUCUCUGUGCGUCAAUGGAGAAGAAAACGGAGAAAGGGAAAACGGAGAAGCGGCCGAGAAGAUCUCCGAGAGCGAGAAGAUGGUUCUCAACGCCGUUUCUAGUGUUUAUGAGGAAAAUUACUCGGCGAUGUUAGAAGGUGAAGAUGAGCAUGGAUGAGGACUUAAAGCGAGGUGGCAUGGCAGUUCUACAGUUCAAGGGAGAAAGGUAUCUGGAAGAUGACACCUUUAUGCUUUUUUGACCGUCUAGAAAGAGAGAAAUAGAAGAAUCUUCUAGGGCUUCAACCUUUCAGUCUGGUGAUGAAAGACCUCUUUUUAAAGUAUUUCCUUUCUCUAUCAAAUUGUUCUAUAAUGGUUGUUAAUUUCUUUUUGCUAGACUUUGUUGAUAAAUUGGGUGUUGGGUAGACUAUGUAGUGGUUUCCUUUUUUUUUUUUUCCGUUUGCAUUGGUGCACCUUGUAUGCUUUCCUUGUACUCAGGUUGUACCCUUUUGUUAGGUGUUUCUUUUAAUACAUAUUACCUUAUUUUUCCAAUCAAAAGAAAAGGUUGUAGUUUAUUGGUUUGGUAUUUGAAGCUUUAAAGUCUUAAAAAAUUUCACCUGUACUGCUAUGCAUAGCUUACAACACCAGAGAUAUUGAGUUUUCAUCUUUCGCAUUCUUCAUUGACAUGGCAUUCAAGUUUAUGCUAUGAACAGCUUAUUUUUUGUUCAUUUCUUGACUUAACAGAAAGGUAUUUGGGGUUUUGGCUGUUUGUUGCCUGAAAUCCUUGCUUGAUCCUUUGACAUGGACGUGAAGUUUUAAAACACUAAUGCAUGUAGAAAAUAUGAGAUAUCAGUUAAUUACUACUUCACUGCUUCUGUUCACAAUUAUGUUUUUUCUUUUACACUAAAGCAAGCAAUGCUGGAGAGGAGGAAUAGCCGUUCCAUUGAAGUACUACUACAAGUUUAUUUUGAGGAACCAAAAAAUAUAAAGCUCUAUGUGCUCCCAUUUGGCUCAAUGCCACUAAAGACCUAUCUUCCAGAUGGAGAUAUCGAUCUCACUGCCCUCUGCCCUGAAAAUGAUGAAGAGGAUUUCGCUAGAGAUGUCUGCACUCUCCUUGAAGGUGAAAGGCAAAUGGGCUCAGAGUUUCGAGUAGAAGACAUUAGCUACAUUCGGGCAAAGGUUAAGAUUGUGAAAUGCAUGGUACAGGAUAUUUCCGUGGACAUAUCUUUUAACCAAACAGGUGGACUCUCUACGCUAUGCUUUCUUGAGCAGAUCGACAUUAUUAUUGGGAAAGACCAUCUUUUCAAACGCAGUGUUAUCUUGAUCAAAGCCUGGUGUUACUAUGAAGGUCGAAUUCUUGGAUCGCAUUGUGGCUUGUUGUCAACAUAUGCAUUGGAGAUCUUGGUUUUAUAUGUGAUUAACCUCUUUUAUUCAUCAUUAUAUUGUCCUUUAGCGGUCCUGUACAGAUUUUUGGACUACUAUAGCACAUUUGACUGGGAAAAAUUUGGAGUCAGUGUACUUGGUCCUGUUUCUAUAUCAUCCCUUCUCACAGGAGCGCCAGAGGCAGCAGAAACUGCCGAUAAACCGUUACUGAUUAACGAGGAGUUUCUGUGGAGUUGUGUUGAAGCAUUUGCAGUUUCAAUAAGGGCAUCUGAAUGUACAAAGCAGCCAUUUCUAGUGAAACAUAUCAACAUUCAGGAUCCCCUGAGGGACUACAACAAUUUGGGGCGUAGUAUAAGCUUAGGUAACUCCUACCGGUUUAGGUAUGCCAUUUCAGUUGGGGCUCAGAGGCUUAAGGAGAUUCUCAUGCUACCAGAAGGAAGAAUGAAUGAGGGACUGAAGGAAUUUUUCAACAAUACGUUAGAUAGGAAUGGGGGGGGACAAGGGGCAGAUGAAGGUGAUCUUGUCCCAUUUGGACCUGGAAGCUCUAAAUUCUGUAGCCUUCAGGGAGACUACUACGGUUGCCUCAGUAAUUUGCAUUAUGGGCAGUUCUAUCAUGCCAAUCUCUCAUCCUUCUCUCUCCAUCCCGGUUCACUAGAUGUCCCAUUUCAGUGGAUGUAUUUUAACCAAAGUUAUGUGCCUUGGGGGUACACAAACCAUUUUGCCUCAAUGCUCCCAUCCCAAAAUACUUUCCAGUUUUACAGCCCCUCUUUUCAAUUUGAAGAACAAGAAAGCAACAUGAAUGCUUAUGUCCCAAGCCUACCCUUCUGCUAUGAGACUGCUAGCCAGUUGUCUGGGCUUGCUUAUCAUUUUGAAGAAAAGGUGCCACAAGGAACAGGCACAUUCAUCCCUAACAUGGCCCAGAUUUUUCAUAAUGAUUUAAACAGAUGGGAGCGUGGACAGGAUCCAGAACAUGAACCUCGGAGUGGGAUGCCACAAACCAGGUGGGCAGUUAAGAGGAAUCCAGUCUCCAUGGCUAGCAGUGUGUUGUUGGAACCUGAACAGGAGGACGGAAAAAAUUCAGAACCCACAUUGCAGGUUCUGUCACCUAAACCUGAAGAUGAGGGAGGGAUGGUUUCAAAAUCAAAGAACCAAGCUCCAUCCUUGAAACCUGAACAGGAGAGACAGAGCAAUCGGGAAUCCAAAGCACAAGAUCUGGUUCUGAAACGUGAAUCUGAGAGUGAUGAGGGUAGUCAAGAAGCCAAAGCACCAGGUCUGGUGCUGAAACCUGAACCUGAGACAGGCAAGAAUCGAGAUGUGUCAACUCAAGGCCUGUUGCUGAAACCUGAAGUUGAGCAAAGAAAGAGCCUGACUCCAGAAUCCACUCCACAAGGUCCAUCGGCAAAAACCCCUCCAGCAAACUAUGACCACAGUGAGGUACCCCCAGAGAUGAACCAGGCCCGAGAAGCUGUAAACAGUGGCUGCCUUCACCCGCUAGAAGAAUUCCCAGAACUUCCACACAAGCUGAAGCAGGACAGCAGCCUUGAUCCCAAGGACGGCAAGAAAGAACUGGUUCCUGAUCAACCAUACUCCCUUGCAGACCCCAACGAUUUUCCUCCCUUGGGCAGCAAACAGAAGGGAAAAGGUAAGAGUCAGAGGAAAAAAUGAUAAUUAGUUUAAUGGCAACAGCCCUUGAGCAAUCUUAGUUUCUCAGAAGGAUCUUCUCAUUUUUCUGCUUUUCUGUUAAGACAAUGUUUCCCAUUCCUUUCCCAUUGAGCUCUAGAAACCGGUUUUGUUUUCCCCUGUGAACUUUGGAUAUCUAACUAUUUAUGGCUAAUUAUCUGACUAUUUAUGGUUAAUGAAGGUUUAGUUAGAUCCAGCUA